GUUCAGACUAAGCUGUUGGCCAACCAACUUUGAGCUAACUACCCACGACCUUCAGCUGUAUUUCAGAACAGAAUAUUCACCCUCAUUGCGAUCUGUUCAAAACUGAGCAUUGCUGAAUAAGCAGAAAAUUGGAAGUGAAAGCCUCAGUUCUCGUGUGGAGAGAGAAGAAAUGAAAAGUUUGUCAUUUCUUUCACUUUUGUUGCUUUUAUUCAUCUUUACUCAAGCAAAUACACAUGGAUGGAAGAGAAAAGGUAUGUUAUUUGAACUUCAUUUCAGAGGCACGAGGGUCGCAGCAUCAGCACAUUAGAAUAAAGAAAAAUCAACAGAGCUCAGCAACCAAAUUUCGACUCUAUACAGACACAAGUGAAGAAGGCUGUUUGAUAUUGUCUGAUCAGCUGGAGACUCUUGACAAGUGUAGUUUCAAUGACUCUCUUCCUUUGGUAAUGAUAGUCCAUGGAUGGUCGGUAGAUGGAAUGUUAGAAGGAUGGAUCUGGAAGAUGGUAGCAGCCCUGAAAUCUCAGCAUAAACAAACAAAUGUGAUUAUUGCAGACUGGCUUUCACUUGCUCACCAGCAUUACCCUAUAGCAGCACAGAACACACGCAAUAUAGGCCAAGAGAUAGCAAGUUUUCUGGAAUGGCUGGAGGAAUCUGUUCAAUUUUCCAGAAGCAACGUUCACCUAAUUGGGUACAGCCUAGGAGCUCAUGUUUCAGGGUUUGCUGGCAGUUAUAUUAGUGGCACAAACAAGAUUGGAAGAAUUACAGGCCUUGACCCUGCUGGUCCUUUGUUUGAAGGAAUGUCACCCACAGACCGUUUAUCUCCAGAUGAUGCCAACUUUGUAGAUGCAAUUCAUACAUUUACUCAACAGCACAUGGGGCUCAGCGUGGGGAUCAAGCAGCCGGUGGCACAUUUUGACUUUUAUCCCAAUGGAGGCACCUUUCAACCUGGCUGCCACAUCAUGCAUGUGUAUAAUCACAUUGCACAGUAUGGAAUCACUGGAAUCACUCAGACAGUGAAAUGUGCACAUGAGAGGUCGGUUCAUCUGUUCAUUGACUCUCUACUGCAUGAUGACAAGCAAAGCAUGGCCUACUGGUGCAACGACAUCCACACCUUUGACAGAGGAAUGUGCCUCAGUUGUAGGAAGAAUCGGUGCAACACCCUAGGCUACAAUAUCAGAAAGGAAAGGCUCCAAAAAAGCAGGCGGCUCUUUUUGAAGACACGAGCACAUAUGCCUUUCAAAGUUUACCAUUAUCAAUUCAAGAUACACUUCAUCAAUGAAAUUCACGAGAAGCAGGUAGAACCAACUUUUACUGUCUCUCUGACAGGCACUAAAGAAGAUGCUGAAAAUCUCCCUAUCACACUUGUUGAAGGCAUUACAGGAAAUAAAACCUAUACUUUUCUCAUUACUCUGGAUAUCGACAUUGGUGAGCUAAUGAUGAUCAAAUUCAAAUGGGAAGGAACUGCAGUUUGGGCAAAUAUCUGGGACACUGUUCAGACGAUUAUUCCUUGGACAAAGGGCAACCGUCAACCAGGACUUAUCGUGAAGACAAUAAGAGUCAAAGCUGGAGAAACACAGGAAAAAAUGACAUUUUGUUCUCAAAGUGUUGACAACGUGCACCUGCAUCCCGCCCAAGAGAAAACUUUCGUGAGAUGUGCAAACAGCUCUCGGAGACUAAAGAGAAAAUUCAGAUGAACAAAGAACAUGAAAAAGCUGCCUAUCAAGAAUAAGUAAAAGCAUACACACCUAGUAAAAUAGUGCCAGCAUUUUAAAUGUACUAAGUUAAACAAAAAUUUAUGUAUACUGUGACAGUUCCAGAGGAAAGACAUAAAUCAAAAUUGUAUUUUAUUUUUGGGAUACACCAGUAUCCUGAAAAAGGCAUUUUGUUUGUCCUUAAAGUUGUUCCCAAACGGACCAGUUUGCGAUUUCUUAGUCAAUAUCAUAUGUUUAGAUCUAAAUUUCCUUGAAAGGUGGAAAAAUAAAAUCUUCUCAAUGGAAAUGCAAACAUAGUUACUUCAAAAGGCUCUUCCUAAAAGCUGCCACUGAACACUGCGCAUAUUUAAAAAACUGACUCUCUUUAAAAAACAACUUGGUUUCCAACUAGACAACUUGGAACAACAACAGUUUGCUAACUGCAAGGUAGAAAACAAUUGUAUUAGCCACAAAACAAGUAGUUCACUGAGAUAAAAAAAUUGACAGGUUUUUUUGGCUCAAAUCUGAAUACCCUCAGCUAAAGCAUAGUUGAAUUACUUACUAAUGAACUUGAUGCUUAAAUCGCUUAUGGCAAAAAUGAUCUUAUUGAAGAGAAAAUUCUCUUACCUACAGAAAAUUUGUAUGAGUUUUUCAAACAGAAUAACAUGCUAACAUUCAAGAGCUAAGGAGUUAUGAAGGUGACAGGCUCAUCCUUCUUGUCUGAUACCCAAAAGAACAUAGAGUGUUAUGAGCCAAAUAAUUGUACCUUUAAUAAUGUGUUUCAUUAAACUUUAUUCUGUUGGCAAGUGCUUUGCGAGUCAAUGCAGUGACAAAUAUUUAAAACAAAAUUUGCUUGAAAAAAAUGCUUAGUGUACAAAAGCACAUUCCAGCCGAUGGCCCUAUUUACACAGCCAUGUUGUACUCCUGGGGGCAUUCUGUGCCAAAAACGUAACAAUUCUGCGCACAGUAUUUUACAAUUCUGCAAGUUUUGGCAAAAUAACAUUACAUAAUAAGAUCCUUUUCGAUUAUUUUGGUAAUUUAUUUCAAAAUACCUGUCAGCAAGUCUGUCUGUCUCACAAUACAGACACAAAAUUUCCCCUAGGAAUAGAGAGUUAAAAGAAAUUUCUAUGACAGUCCAGUUACGGUUUCUCUUCCCCCCCCUCCCCACUCUUCCAGAGCCAAGCCACGGGGCCUCUUCCCAAUACAUCUGAGCCUCCUUCCUCCCAGAACCCAGUCAUGGGACACCUCCCCUCCAAAAUCCUUACAUCCCCUCCCCCCAGAACCAAGUCACGGGGACCCUCCUCUUUCCAAUAUACCUGCGUCUCCCCCCCCCCCGCACCCAGCCCCAAGCCCCCC